CCCCGCGCCAGCUCGAGCGGCCGGUCCCGCGGCCUGACUGACGGACACCCCCGUCCGGCGAGCGCUCUAACAGAUAAACAGUUGAAGAACCAGACGUUAAAAUGAAUAGCCUAGAAGUUGACAUGCUUCGUUGCUGGAAGUGUAGAAAAUACAUAGCAAAUUCUGAUUGCCUCAUAAAAUGUAAUGGAAAACAACUAUUUGAAAAAUCACUUUAUUCAGAUACUUCUCAGUAUACUUGCAAUGUAUGGCACAUGAACUUGGAAGCUCUUCCAGACUGGGUAAAAUGUGCAAUAGAAAAGGCGGAGUGGAUGAUUGGAAAACUGAACUGCCCAUUCUGUGGGGCCCGUUUGGGAGGCUUUAACUUUGUCAGCAAUACAAAAUGUUCUUGUGGCCUGCUUGCAAAUAUACAUCUCUGCAAGAGUCGGAUUGAUUAUCAGCCAGUUUGUUCAUUUAGAUUAGCAAGAUUAUCAGUAAAACACAUGCCACUUUGCAAAGUUCCAUCUGGUUCUAAUAACAAAAUACAGCACAGUGUGACUGGUGGUACUUUGGGACCCAGAAAUCAAGGGCUUUCAUACAUGGCCAAAAACACACAUGGUACUGGAAGAUUAGCAGAAGCACUUUGCCUGGAGGUGAGAUCAGCCAACUUUGAGAUGAACAAUAAAAAAUUGCACUUCAAAGUGUUUAAUAAACAAAUAAGUCCUUCAGCUUCAUGGCCUGUGAAUGAGAGAUGCACCAUAAAAACUUGUCAUAGAAAAACGCACAGUUUGGAUUUGAAUAUCAGAGAGAGACAUGUUUUGUUGCCUUGUUUGUAUGGCGUUUCCAGUAAGGGGCCUAUUUAUCACAGGCAAAAUGAAACACAACCCAUUUACCCAAGUAGCUUGCAAUUAGACUCCAAUAGAAAUAAUAAUUCCUUUCAGGGCCUAUAUAAUUCUGAUACUUUUGAGCUACCAAAAAAGUUUUCUGUUACUUCCUGCAAUACAUUAACCUGUAGAGAGACAGAACGUGACUGCAGUUUUGAAGCUUCUGAUCAAUGUUCUGCGGAUGCCACUGCUGACCAAUUGCCUUUCAUGAUGGACCUCUCUUCAUCUGUGAGUGCUGUAGAAGAGGACAUUGGACAGCAGCACAUCACAUCUGUUGAUCUUCUGCAGCCUGCCAAUUUUUCCUUGGUUGCUGUCAAUCAAAAGCUAAGCAAAAGAGAGAGAAACAAGUUGAAGAAUUUGAGGAAAAAACAAAGAAAGCGGGAAAGGUGGCUUCAGAAGCAGACUCUGAAUGAUAACCUGAAUACAGAUGAUGAGCAUGAACAAAGAGGAGAUAAAGAAAGCUACCUCUGUGCAGUGUGCCUGGAUGUUUAUUUCAAUCCGUAUAUGUGCUAUCCAUGCCACCACAUCUUUUGUGAACCUUGCUUGCGGAUGCUUGCCAAAGACAACCCAACCAAUACUCCAUGUCCACUGUGCCGUACUAUAAUUGCCAGAGUCUUUUUCCAAACAGAACUGAACAACUCCAUGAAAUCUUCCUUCCCAAAAGAAUAUUUAAAAUUAAAAGAAAGCUUUCAAAAAUCAAGUUCUGCAAAAUGGCCCCUGCCCAGCUGCAGGAAACCAUUCAGAGUUUGGGAAGCAGGUUUCCAAAGGCAUACAGAUCCUGUAGCAAGAAGGCACUUCCCACAUGCUGCUCACAGAAUGGACUACAUGGAUUUUGAGGAUGAUAGCCGUGGAUGGUGGUUUGACAUGGACAUGAUGAUAAUCUACAUUUAUUCUGUUAACUGGGUCAUAGGAUUCAUUGUUUUCUGUUUUCUUUGUUAUUUUUUCUUUCCUUUUUAGGGGACCACAUUGUUUGUUUAGUAAAACUGAAGCAUCAUGCAAACAAAGACAAUGUAAAUAGAAAUGGUUUGAAGUAAUGAAUGCAGAUCUUUCUUUAUGUGGUCUGGAGUUUUUAUGAUUCAGAAUUGUAUUAGCCUGCACCAAACAUGACAUGGGGCUUAUGAUCUAAUUACUGGAUGCUUCUGAUAUAGGCAUCAAAGACUUGCACUUUGCUGAAAACAUAAAGUAAAGUCCUGGCCACACUGAAGUUAGUGGGAGUUUUGCCAUUGAUUUCAGUGGGGCCAGAGUUUCCACCCAUAAUUUGAAAAAUCACCAGUAUAUAGAAAUGAACCAUCAAGAUUUGUUUUGAGGCGUUACUGCUCAGAGGGCUGCAGCAUGGUCUGAACUGAAUUCAGUUUUUGGCUCUGUACUUUGCAACCUUAAGCAAGACACAUCAUCUACUUGUGCCUCAGUUUUCUUACAUGUAAAAGAGGGAUGAUGGAGGGAGUAUCCUCCAGCACAGACAGUGGAUGUGUCUCGAAGUUAAUUAUUAGCACCUUUCAUGUGGAAGGAUCCCAACGCACUUUAAGGUCUAUAUAUGUAUAUAUAGGGAUCAAUCACUCAGUAUUGAAAUGCAGCCCCUUUUGAGGUGGGAUGCAACCGCCAUUUAAUGCUAGCCACACUACAAAACAUUUUUUAAAGUAGGGGCAGUGGAAGAACUUCUCCAUCUGAUGCCAUUGGAGGGAUUUCUGAUACUGUAGUAAAAUGUCAGUACACAAAGAUAGGACACAGUGGCUAAAACACCUGUGUUUGAGAAGUACAGGGGAGUGUUUAAUUUCAAGGGACUCAGUCCUGUAAGCUACUGAGAACUCUCGCCCUGAUCCAGGAAAGCACUUAAGCAUGAGUAGUCCCAUUAACUUCAGCAUUUGCAUUGGUAACCUCAGGAGCUUCUGCUGGUUGUUCUUUCAAUUUAGCUAAGACCGUUCCAUCAGAUUGCUAGGUGGAACUGAAUAACUGUAAUGGGACUGCCCAUUAAGCAUGUGCUUAAGUAUUUUGCUGGCUCAAGGCCAGAAAUGAGCAAGGCCUCAGACUUGUAGCUCAUCUGACAGUUGGCACCUCCAGCAGCACAUUGGCUCCUAGCAUUUACUUUUUCUCAAGCUGCAUAAAAUAACUUCUGAAGAUUAGACAUCCCUUUGAGGAUUUUUUUUGCAGUUAAAAUACCUGUACAGCUAAAACUAUGUUGACUGAAUGGAUUUGGUCACUUUCUUUUAAUAUUGCUCUAAAGGGUAGUGGGAAGUGUAAUGAUUGAAAUUCGCCAUCAGUGUAGUUGUGGGCAACAGGAAAAUUAAGGUAUGCAGUUACUUCACCUCUAAUUACAAUAGGUUGUCUUGUACUAUUGAUAGAUGAUCAUUAGGCAUAACGUCCCCCCCACCACCAUUAAAACUUUAGAGGUUUUAUUAAAACUCAUUGCACAAUAAAACUCUCAGCAAACUUAAAACAUGUUUCUCAGCUAUGCAAAAACUCAAGUUGUAGCUUUUGGUUUUUUAAACUUGCAAAUCAACUGUUCCUGGCUCAGCGAAGAGAAGGGAUGUGAAGCACCUUUUCAGCCAAAAUAUAUUUGCACUUCCUGAGGUCAAAAAGCAUUAGACUGAAAGGAUAUAUCAUGAAAUAAUUGCUUUAGCUAAUUUAACUAACUUGGUGCUAGUUUAAAAUGUGAAACACGAUUUUUUGGGGGAAAGUAUUAAAUCAGAUUUAAGAAUUUAAGUAGGGUGUUUCUCAGAUGAAUAUAUCAAUUAGCUAGUAUUUCAAAAUGUACUCACACAUAAGAAAUCUAUUCCAGACAACUCCAAUUAAGUGAAAGUAAACUUAUAUAGAAAAUUUCUAGUAGCAUUUGAUCAUGGGUUUAUUCUGAAAGAUGAAACAGGAAGGGAGACAGUUAAAUGUAGUAUUGCCUUCUCCUUGUGUACAGUUACAAAAGUUGAUAACUGUGGGUGGAUGGAUACACUCUUCUAAAUUUAGUAUAAAAAUUAUUUUAUAUAACAUUUCUAAGGUGCAUAUACAUAUUAGUCAAACUGUAUAUGUUGUCUAUACUGUUGCUUUGGUUAAUGCUAUUAAUUGCAAAGAGUAAUGAAUUAAUCAGAUAAUAAAGGAGAUGGACUUAGUGUUUCAGAUUUUUAUAUAAAGCUGUUUCUCCUUCAGAAAGACCGAGAAGGGGUAGAAUGGUUGUAGUUGCUUUUCUCUAUUGCCUCUUUCUUUUGAAAAUGUUAGUUCAUUAUUAUGGUCUCAAAUGUGCUUCCAUUGAAAUGUUGUCACAAAAAUCCUAUUGACUUCAGUGGGAACUGAAGUAGGUCCUUUUGUGAGCAGUUUAAUUCUUAAGCACUUGGUCUUGUUCUGGAAUGUAUUUUUAUCUAUUAGGUUAUUACAAUAAAAUUUGCAAUAAAAUCUGAAGUUGUUUAUAAUAUUUUUCAGUUGUGUCAAUAGAUAUUGGGUGGAAUUAAAUUUGAAUAUUUUUUU